AUGGAGUUCUCCAACAAAGUCGUAAUAAUUACUGGAGCGAGUUCGGGUGUUGGUGCUGCAUGUGCAUUGCACUUCGCGAAAUUAUCAGCAAAACUAUCCCUCGUGGGAAGAAACCAAAAUAAUUUAAAGAAAAUCGCUGAAAAAUGUCAACUCAUCCACGGUUUCCCGCCUCUAAGCGUUAUUGCUGAUGUUACUAUUGAGGAAGAUCUACAAAGAAUUGUAAGUGAAACAAUAAAACAUUAUGAAAGGAUCGAUGUUUUAGUGAACAACGCUGGAAUUUCCAAACUAACUGGUAUUCACGGCGACAUGUCGGCUUAUGAUUCAAUAAUGUCUACGAACGUUCGCGGCACUUACCUACUUACUAAAAUGGUGCUACCGUACUUGAUAGAAACGAAAGGAAACAUCGUUAAUAUAUCUAGUAUACUAUCGACUAAAGCGAUAACUUUCAUGACUCCAUAUUGUAUGAGCAAAGCCGCUUUGGACAUGUUCACAAAAUGUGUCGCGUUAGAAUUUGCAACGAAAGGCGUUCGAGUAAAUUCGGUGGAUCCUGGUCCUGUGAAAACUGAAAUAUUUAGAAGGGCUGGAAUGAAUGAGGAAGAGAAUGAGAAGUUAUUUGAAGGUCUGAAAGCAGCUGCUCCACUGAAGAAGGUGGCUCUGGGACAAGAUGUGGCUGAACUGGUUUGCUUCCUGGCGAGUGAGAGAGCGCACUGUGUUACGGGAAGCUGUUACGUCAUCGACUGUGGGUUGUUGCUUGGUGAUGGAGGAAACAUUGAUAGACAUUAA